CCUCUUUGGCACAAAAGUUAUCAUGGUAGCGGAGCUGGCCACGGCCAAGUCCCGGUGGGCGCCCCUCCCCGCGCGUAGGCUGGCCAUAGCUCCCGCCGCCGCGGCCGCAGGACGUGCUUUGAUCCACGGCGACGCGCUGACACAGCAGUUGGCCAAGGUCUACGUGACCAAGCAGCUGAACGAGGUCUACGUGGCCAAGCAGCUGGACAGGGUCUACGUGACCGCAGGAGUGUUGAACGAGGUCUGCGUCACCACAGGAGCGUUGAACGAGAUCUACGUGACCACAGGGCAGAAGAACGAGGUUUACGUGACCACGGAGCAGAAGAACAAGGUCUACGUGACCGCAGAGCUGAAAGACGAGGUCUACGUGACCACCGACGAGCAGAACGACAAGGUCUACGUGACCACAGACAAGGAAUACGACGUCUACGUGACCACAGACAAGGAGUACGAGGUCUACGUGACCACAGAUAAGCAGGACGAGGUCUACGUGACCAUGACGGAGCCUGGUGCUGAGUGGCAGGGCUUCGGGCUGAAACCACCGACGUUCGACGGCCACGACGAGACGUGGACGGAAUGGAGUUUCGUGAUGAGGGCUUACCUGGGAGGAGUUGCGGCGACGAAGAGGAUGCUCUUCGCGCUGGUCAUGGCAGUGAAGGGCAGCGCGCAGAUGCUGAUCAGGAGCGUAGAAGAUCAGAACGGAGCGCUGGCAUGGCGAGCGCGGAUCAAACGCUGCGAGUUUGCGACGACAAUGAGGGCUCAGAGUAUCACGACGGCAAUUCUCAACGUGAAGAAUUUCCUCUCGGACCUGGCAGGGUUCGAGCAGUGCCACUCAGACUGGGAGCGCGACAUCCGGCGCUACGAGACGGCGUCGGGAGAAGUGUUGAAUGCAGGAGUCAAGAAGCGCAUCUACCUACAGAAGGCGCCGAAUCACAUCAGAACGAUACUACAGAUGCAGUACGACUGA